GUAUUUUUCCAACUGUCCUUUUGUUUUAUGAUUCGCACUUCAUAAAUUUAUAUACAACUGUUAAACAUAGUUAUACAUUUUAAUGUCUCCUUUGAAUAAAACAGAAGUGGUAAAAUAAACAUAAAUUAAUAAAAUGAAGACAUAUUGAUAUGUAUACAGCGGUAAUACAAACAAAUCGGAGGGGAUUUCGAUCCGCACUGCCACGUUAUGAGGUGAUAAACACGGAUACAGAUGAUGUGGAGGCGUCCAAGGGUUAUGAUAACACAGUGACCACUAUCCACCCGAUUAUCCCGGUCUUCAAACGAUGCAGGGACGCUGACAUAGAAAAUAUCGGGUUUUCAUACAAGCCUACUGGACGUCACCAACAACGGAAGAGUGUAGAUGAUUCUGCCAUGAAAAGCGUCACACUGCCACCAUUACAACGUAGUGUCACUGAUCUAGGAGGUUUACGGACAAUGUAUAAAAAGCCCAAAUCCCCAACACCUAACUUUACAAUGAUCAAUCGCAGAGAUCCAAAUUUAAUGAAAACACCAAACGUUAACUCUCUCAUCACCAUCUCCAAACCAAUUCCAAACUUACUUGACAGACCAAAGAAAGAAAACAAGGAAGAGGCUCCGAAGAGAAAUCUAAGUAUUUGGAAAAAUGAAGUAAAAAAAGUUGUUCCAUCACGUCCUGCGAUAGCUAUUAACUCUGAUUGGAAAGCGCCACCUGCCGACUGGGACGACAGGGAUCAAUAUAUCUACGGACCUAAACCAAUAUUUUACAAGAAUAAUAAAUACCCGGAACACAAAGACUUUGUUGUAAAUCCAGAAUGGUUGUCCGAGUUCAUGACGGUGUCCACCUACUCCCAGGCUUAUCGAACCUGUGCUCUUAGGUACGGAUGGUGUGCCUAGAGCCGUUACUUUCAUAAAUAUAUCCUCUGUUAACUUAUAUGUUGUUAAUUAUAGACGUUAUUACGAUUAAAAUGUGAAGCAAG